UGUUUUAUUUUGAAGGGUCAGACCGGAAACAGCGAGUUGCAUUCUGUCAGACCUGACCCGGAGUGUCCGCUGCGGUCCGGCUGAUUAGAACCGGUCCCGGACUGUUUGGAUCAGCAGGUUUCUUGGGUUUGGACCCAUUUUUAUUUUUUGUUUCUGUUGGUUCUGUUUCCGGACUUUUUCCGAACUUUUGUUGUGUUUACUGGAAGUUCUGGUCAAUUUUCCCAUUUUUCCAGAGAUUUCCCAGUUCGGUUCGGUAUUUCCUGCUGGUCCUGACUGGAAUGUGAUUGCGAGUUCUGAAGAGAAGAACCUCAGUCAGAACCGGUACCAGCUCUGAGCGGACCUGAAAUGCUGGUUCUGCUGGUCCUGGUUCUGGUUCCGGAGCCGCUCUUCUGCCGGGGCGCUCCUCCGGUCCGGUCCUCCAUCCCUGACCCGAUUCUGAACUUGGACCUGCUGGAGGAGCCGGGAGGCGGCAACGGAACCGGGUUCGGGCGCUGCGGACCGUGCGACCCGGAGCUGUGCCCGGAGCCCCGCGGCUGCCGGGCCGGCCUGGUUCCGGACCGCUGCAGUUGCUGCGCGGAGUGCGGGAACCUGGAGGGCCAGGUCUGCGACCCGGGGGCCCGGGCCCGGUUCUACGGGCUGUGCGGAACCGGACUACGGUGCCAGGCGGACCGAGCCGCGGGAGGAAGAGGAGGAAGAAGAGGACAGGAGGAGAAGGAGGAGGAGGAGGAGGUGGAGGUUUGUGUGUGCGAGCAGCAGGGGGCGCUGUGCGGCAGCGAUGGAACCACAUACCUUAACCUGUGUCGGUUCCGAGAGGCCGCCUUCUCCGACCCGGAGCUCCGAACCGCGGGGAGGGGUCCCUGCAGGACAGCCCCUGUGAUCAAGGUGGCCCCCCAGGACCAGGUGAACGGCAGUGGCAGCAUCAUGCUGUUCCUGUGCGAGGUGUUUGCGUUCCCCAUGGCGCUGGUGGAGUGGAGGAAGGACGGCCGGGACGUCGUCCUGCCUGGAGACGACCCCCACAUCUCUGUCCAGGCCAGGGGCGGGCCUCUGAGGUUCGAGCUCUCCAGUUGGCUCCAGAUCGAGGGGGCGGAGCCUGCAGACUCAGGAACCUAUCGCUGCAUCGCUCGCAACGAGCUGGGAUCAGUCUCCGCCUCGGCUGUACUGGCAGUACUGGGAGCAGGUGAGACACACCUGGGAGGGGAGGAGUUUAUCCUGUCCAACCUGUCCUUCCUGUCUGUGCGUCCAGAGGAGCUGUCAUCUGAGAGGAAGCAACUGCUAGACGACCUCUGACUCCUUGGUGAUGUCGCUUCCUGUCAGCAGACCCAGUCAAGGCAUGAUCACAGACUUUUAUUUUGGCAGGGCAACAGGAUGUAGAUCUGAGGGGCUUAUGGUGGAAUUCAGUUUUUCAAAAUAAAAGACCCAGCAGCUAUUUGGGACGACUUCCUGUCGAGGCGGCACUGACUUCCUGUCGUGUUGGAAUCUGCUUCCUGUAAAAUCUGAUAAUAAACCAGAAUAUAAAUUUUUUUGUGUUGAUCUUUUUCCUCAAGAAGGAAUUUUUCUUCCAGACUCCAAAACCUGGAAGCCAUGGCAACCAUCUUCAUCCUCCUCCUCCUCUCUCCAGCUCAGGCAGGAAUCCAUUAGACUGGAUCUCCACUGGACCCUUUACUGGUUUCACUGGGAGGAGCUGAGACAGAACUUACAGGCAGUGUUCACUGACCCGGUUCUGACCCGGUUCUGGAGGCUCGGCUGUACAACCAGCAGCUGGCUCCAGUCAGUUGGCUUUGAUCUGAUCUGAGGAUCUUAACUCUGAGGUCGUCCUCCACUCAAUCAUCUGGUUCUGAUCCAGACGGCCUCCACACACGCACACACACACACACACACACACUCCCGAGCCAGCUGUUCUCCAGCUGAGGAAGAGGAGGAGGAAGUCCAGCUCAUCUGAUCUCAGUCCAGAUUGCUGGCUUGUUUCUGGUGACAA